AUGCCGGCGGACAGACUCCUCAACACGGUCCUGCAACUGUACCAAAACGUCCACGAUGAUCGCAAGACGGACCAGAUAGUCGGCUCUACGACGACCCUCCUGACGACGCUCUCGAACCCGCUGAACCUCGGCGUCCUUACCUCCCAGCUUCUCACCGCGCCUGCGAUUUGGCAACGUCGCGACGGUCUACGGACGAGCUUGCGCAUCAUCAGCAUCUACAACAGCGCCGCGAUACGAGUGCGACAGAACGAGAUCGAUAACGCCAAAAAUGUUCAUGGCCCGCGGCAGGGCGGGGGCCUCGGUUGCGACACAUGGGUGCGCGCCGUUGCCAAGGGCGCGGACGAUCGGUCCAAUCGAUGGCAGCAUCUCCUGGUUUUGACAGGCGUCUUGAUGGGAAUGGAGGCGAAUGAUAGACAAUCUCUGUCGAGGGGCUUGCGGAAUACGCUGGAGGAAGCCGUUGUCACGGCUGCAAACCUCGCUUUGGAACGUCAGGACGGGCCGUUCGCCUCGGCCUCUGUGGUUCUGGCGCUGAAUUACGUCUUUCCGUUUCUUUCCGACUUUCACCAGAGCGUGAUUAAUUGCAACGCGCUUCUACCGAUCGUGGUGUUGGCCAUCACCGGGGAUGACGGCUUUCAGGAUGGCCGAUUCUUGGAUGAUAUCCGCAAGGACGUGCAGCAGUACGGACAAAUGGUUGCAUGGCCUCCCACCUCUCCCUCAUUUGCGCUGCUGCAGACCAUAGAGGGCAAGCCCCUGAUGGGCGGCAUGGGACCGUUGUCAAAGCUGGCAGGAUUCGCUGCCACCAAUGCGACUGACUCGGCAGUCGUGCUCGACGCUCAGGAUGCUUUGAUGGAGUUUACACAAAAGAUGCUGCGGUACUGGCAGCACAACCCUCUAUCGACGGUUGACGGCGCCGAAGAGACGGCGCGGUUGGAGCAGAAUACGCUGGAGGCGACGUGGCCGGCUUUGUGGCAGUUGCUGAAGAAGACGAUGUAUGCGACGGUUGCCGUCAUGCAAGCCAUCGUCGGCCGGAGUCUUCUUGACCCGCGCAUGAGAAACGACGCGAUCGCCCCCCAGGUGGCAACCAAGGCGUUGUUCACCCUGAGGAACUUAUUCUUCAUCUCUUCACGACAAGGAGCCAACGCAUUCCAGGCUUACCAGUUCACCUACCUGACAAGUCUGGAUAUCCUCGCACGCUUCCCAGACGCCUGCGUUGCGUUCUUGGAAGAGACCAAGCCCCCUCAUGCCGGGACGGUCCCUCCCAGCUUUUAUGAUAGGACUCUGGACCUUUUCUACUUGAACGUGGCGGAACACUUGCCUCUCAACAUGCCCACAGAGGCGUGUGACGCUUUGAUUGUCCGCCCCGCGACGGCCUACCUCACCCAUACCGGCGGCCUGACGUCCACAAUGGUUGAGCUUUUUGAAUCCGCCCACAGCGCUACGCUGUCUGUGCUGUCUUGCCCUCACAACAGCUCGCUGACGGUCGGCCUCGUUCCGUUCUACGUCGACGCCCUUUUCGCAUCCUUCCCGGCGCAGAUCUCAACACGCCAGUUCCGUGUGGCCUUCAAGACGGUCAUGCAGAUCGUCUCCCCGCCGUUCCCCAUCUCCCUCGCCGAGCCGCAGCUCUCCGAAACCCUCUUGGAAAUGGUCCGCUUCAAGGCCAUGGACGCGGACACCGCCCCUCUCCCCCUGACCCAGGACGUUAUCAACCAGGCCGAGAAGGGGCUUUCGCCUCAGGACCCCAUGUCAGAACAGAGCUCACUUGUCUUGACGCUCAUCGACUCCUUACCAUUCCUACCUCUGCCCCUGGUCGAGGACUGGUUGACGUUGACCGCGCAAUCGAUGAAUGAGAUUGCCGACCCCGUCCUGCGUCAGCCUGUCAAGGACCGCUUCUGGGAGGUGCUCGUCAGCGGCGAGAUGGACGUCGAGAGGGCUACUAUCGGUGUCGCUUGGUGGACUACCAAGGGUGGGCGUAGGUUGGUCCUGGGUGAGCAGCUGGCUCCUGUGAUGAGCGGUGCGAUAAUGGAUGAGGGGAGGUCCAGUAGACUAUAA